AUGUUGACGGUCGAGAAGCAGUGGAUUAAUGUGCAACAAAAGACCUUCACCAAAUGGCUGAAUGACAAACUGAAGGCACGGAGCUUGUCUAUCGAUGACUUGGUCACUGACCUCUCCGACGGUGUCAUUCUCAUUCACCUCCUGGAAAUCCUUGGAGGGGAGUCCUUAGGUCGAUAUGCAUCGAAACCGAAACUGCGCGUGCAGCGAUUCGAAAAUGUGAACAAAAGUCUCGACUUCAUCAAGGGGAGGAGGAUCCAGAUGACGAAUAUUGGCGCAGAGGAUAUCGUGGAUGGAAACCAGAAGAUCAUCCUGGGAUUGAUCUGGACCCUGAUUCUACGAUUCACCAUCAGCGACAUCAACGAGGAGGGUAUGACUGCAAAGGAAGGUCUGCUACUGUGGUGUCAACGGAAGACGGCAUGUUACGACGAUGUAGAGGUCCGGGACUUCUCUUCUAGCUGGAACAAUGGGCUGGCCUUCUGCGCGCUGCUCGAUAUUCACCGACCCGACUUGAUCGACUAUGAUUCGCUCGAUAAGAGUGAUCACCGCGGAAACAUGAAGCUGGCCUUCGAGAUCGCAUCCAACGAGAUCGGCAUUCCGGACUUACUCGACGUCGACGAUGUGUGCGACGUACCCAGGCCCGAUGAACGCUCCCUCAUGACCUACAUUGCGUACUGGUUCCAUGCUUUCUCUCAACUGGAGAGAGUUGAGAAUGCCGGGCGCCGAGUCGAAAAGUUCGUCAACAAUAUGCAUGGCGCGUGGGAAAUGCAGAACUCAUAUGAGCGCCGAGUGAAGGAAUUGCUGCGACUGAUUCGCGCCCAGCGUGAGCACUGGAAGAGCUCCUCCUUCGAGGGAACCUACAAGGAUGUGAAGGAACAAGCCUAUCAGUUCUCGCUCUACAAACGCAACGAAAAGCGCCAAUGGGUGGCUGAGAAAUCUGACCUGGCUGCUUUGCUAGGCAAUAUCAAGACCAAAUUGGGCACAUAUCGACUCCGUCCUUAUGACCCACCCCAAGAAUUGAGUCCAGAGAACUGCGACAAAGAGUGGGAAAUUCUUACUCGGGACGAGCAUGAACGCAGUCAACUUAUCAACGAAACAAUCCGCGACAUCAAGAACCGGCUACGCCGCUCUUUUGCAGACAAAGCAAAUGAUUUCGCCCUGACCCUGAAAACCUUAUCGCUGGCCAUCUCCGGACUGGACGGUGAUGUCGAGGACCAGUUAGAUCACGUCCAGAAAUUAAAUGGCAACUUGCCCCCUCUCGACGCGUUCCUCGAUACCAUCGCAGAACUGGACCAACAGUGCGCGGAAGCCAACAUUGAAGAAAACGAUUUCACCACAUAUACCCUGGACGAGCUCGCAUACGAAUUGAGUCUCGUCAAAUCCAGCAUUUCCAAGAAGCUGGCAUUCCUCGACAACCAGAUGGUCGCGCGCAGCAUGACGAACCUGACACCCAUCCAGCUGGAAGAAUUCGAAUCGGUGUUCCGUCAUUUCGAUCGCGACGCUUCUAACACUCUCCACGAACUCGAGUUCUCCGCCGCGCUGGCUAGUCUGGGAUUAGUCUACGACGAAGACGAAAUGCACCAGGUCUACGUGGAUGUCUGUGGACCGAACCGCCUGUCGCAGAACGCGGGAGUCAGCUUCGAGCAGUUCAUCCGGUUCAUGGUCAGCGUUACAGAGGACCAAAACACUGCGGAGCAGGUAUUCCAGAGUUUCAAGGAAGUUGCCGAUGGCAAGCCCUAUGUCACAGAGCUCGAUCUCCGCCAUUCGCUUAUUCCCGACGAAGUCAUCGAGCAUCUAGUCAAAACAAUGCCAACACAUGACGGCCCCGAUCUUCUCGAGGACCGCGAGUUGGCCAAGUACGACUAUAUCAGCUUCAUGGAGAAGAUGCGAGAGGAAAGCAAAAAGAACGGCGAGCAGUAA